AUGGCUUUUCCAACAUCCGUUCUAAUCACAGGAACAGACAGAGGUAUUGGUCUUGGCUUGGUUAAGGAGUUCCUCAAAGUUCCUUGUGUAAAGCUAGUAAUCGCUGGAGCACUGAACCCAGACAACGCGAAGGGUUUGAAUGCUAUCACCGAUAGUCGGCUAAAAAUCCUCAAAAUGGAUGUAUCGUGCGACCGAUCAAUCAAGGAGGCCUAUGUAGAGGUAGAGAAGUUAGUCGGAGAAGCCGGAUUGAAUGUCUUACUAAACAAUGCGGCCAUUUUUCCACCAUAUUUCACCACUGGAGCCAUUGAUCGACAAACGCUUUUAGACUGUCUCAAUGUCAACACCAUAGGAGCUGUUGUCACUUGUCAGACCUUUUUACCUUUAUUGCGUAAAGCAUCCUCUCGUGGUACAGGUGAUCACUUUGGUGUUGAUCGUGCAGCAAUCAUAAAUAUCUCGAGUUUCUAUGGUUCUGUUGGAAAAAACGAGGAUGGAUGUAGCGAACUUGGUUCUCUCGCCUAUAAGAUUAGUAAAUCCGGCCUGAAUCAGUUAGGGAAAACAAUUGCUAUCGACCUCGCGGAUGAUAAAAUCCUUGUCGUUCAAUUUUGUCCUGGUUGGGUGCAAACCGAAAUGGGAAAUAAAUGUGGAAGAAUAGGUCGACUUACUGUCGAGGAGUCUGCUUCUGCAUUGGUGGGAUCAAUGUCAAGGCUACAAAAGCAGCACAGUGGAGGGUUCUUCAAUCGCCAACUUGAAGUCAUACCUUAUUAG